AUGUCUUUUCCUGAAUACGGCCAAUUCCAAAACCCUCCGCAGGAGGGUGCUCCGGGUCAAGUUCCUACUCCUCAAGAUGGAGCUCCUCCGGGCCAGCCAACCGACCCUUCUGCUCAGCAACAGAUGUCAUUCCCAACUUCGGAUGUGAAUGCCGCAGCACAAACUGGUGCGGGCGCUGAGGGAAAGACUACUCUUUGGAUGGGUGAACUGGAGCCAUGGAUUGACGAGAACUUUGUCCGUAAUCUCUGGUUUCAAAUGGGUGAGCAAGUCAGCGUCAAGAUGAUCCGCGACAAGUUUUCAGGCAGCAACGCUGGCUAUUGCUUCGUCGACUUCUCCUCGCCUCAGGCUGCGGCCAAGGCUCUCCAGCUCAGCGGUCAACCUAUGCCCAACUCCAGCCGCCCCUUCAAGCUCAACUGGGCCUCUGGAGGCGGUUUGACUGAUCGACGCGACGACCGUGGCCCUGAGUACUCGAUUUUUGUUGGUGAUCUCGGCCCCGAGGUCAACGAGUACGUUUUGGUGUCGCUCUUCCAGAGCCGUUUCCCGUCCUGCAAGUCGGCCAAGAUCAUGACCGAUCCUCUUUCCGGCAUGUCUCGCGGAUAUGGUUUCGUUCGCUUCUCGGAUGAAGGUGACCAGCAGCGCGCUCUCAGUGAGAUGCAGGGCGUCUACUGUGGCAACCGUCCCAUGCGCAUCUCUACGGCAACUCCCAAGAACAAAGGCGGACCGAUGACAGGCAUGCAGAUGGGAAUGCCUGGUGCGGGCCCAAUGGGCUACCCGCCUAUGGGUGGUCAGCAACCUAUGCCGUUCUACGGUGCUGGCCAGCAACAGCCACAGCCGAUGAACCAAUUCACCGAUCCCAAUAACACCACGGUGUUUGUCGGAGGGCUGUCUGGAUACGUCACCGAGGACGAGCUGCGCUCUUUCUUCCAGGGAUUCGGGGAGAUCACCUAUGUCAAGAUUCCACCGGGCAAGGGUUGCGGUUUUGUGCAGUUCGUCCAGCGCCAUGCCGCCGAGAUGGCCAUCAACCAAAUGCAAGGCUAUCCCAUUGGCAAUUCGCGAGUUCGUCUGAGCUGGGGACGUAGCCAGAACAACUCUGGUCCAGCGGGCACACCCUACCGCCCUGCGCCCCCGCCACCCAUCUACCCUUCCAUGGGCAUGCCUCCUACUCACUCAUACGGCAAUUUCGCGCCUAUGAAGGUUCGUCACAGUCCUGUCCCCACUCCCCCAAUGGGACAAUACUGA